UAUUUGGAUUUAUUUCUUAUCUCCUUUCUCCCCAUGUUCUUUCACCUGUCUGUCUCAAUCCUUCUUGUUCUCCUCCUCCGUCUCAGGGGUGUGGAACCCUACGACCCCUCCACCACGGUGCUGGUCCAGAGACACGAGCCGCAAGGCGUCUCCACUGUACUAAGCAGCACCGAUUUCUUCCAGAGUGAACAGAACCGGAAAGUCAUCCUGGAGCAGGUGGACAGCUUCCAGUUGAGAGACAAGUACAUGUUCGCUACAACCACACUGAGAUUUCGAGGCAGCCAUAACCCAUCAUCUGUUCAGCUGUGGGUCUCCUACAACCGCCAGCCGAUGAAAGCUGCCCAGUUCAUGACCCGGCAUCCAAUCACAGAGUACUACAUUGCGGAUGCAUCAGAGGACCAGGUGUUUGUUUGUGUGAACCACACAAACAAUGCCACACACCUGUACAUCUCAGACACACAAGGCCUGUCCUUCUCUCUGUCACUUGAGAAUGUGCUCUACUACAGUCCUGGGGGCUCAGGCAGCAAUACACUUAUCCGGUACUUUGCCAACGAACCGUUUGCAGACGUGCAUCGGGUGGAGGGACUCCGGGGCGUUUUCAUCGCCACGCUCGUCAAUGGCUUGGUCAGCGAGGAAAACAUGCGCUCGGUCAUCACAUUUGACAAGGGGGGGACAUGGGAACUGCUGCAAGCGCCUGCCACCGACAGCCUGGGGGGAACGGUGGACUGUCAGCUCAGUAAAGGUUGCUCUCUGCACUUGGCCCAGCGCUGGAGCCAGCUGUUUAACAUCCAGUUGAGGAGGAUGUCCAUUCUAUCCAAAGAUUCGGCUCCAGGACUUAUCAUGGCCACAGGAUCUGUUGGCAGGAAUCUGGCCAACAAGCCCAAUGUCUACAUAUCAAGCAGUGCUGGAGCCCGGUGGAAAGAGGUCAGUACAAAUUGUGACGAUAUCAGGAACACACAGGGAAUACACAGGCAAUAAAAAAAUAACACAUUGUAAUCAUUGUACUGCCCAGAAAGGUACAUAAGCUUCUGCAUUUUGGUGUUGGUACUAAACCCAGCAGGGUUCUUUUCUCUUCCAGACAAAGAAAAUAACUCAUUUAUAUCAGACUUUU